AUGCCGAGAAAGAAGACCACGGCGCCCAGCGAAGAGCCUCCAUCUUCUCCACCAACGACGAGGAGGCAGACGCGCUCUCGGACAGACGCGCAGCAGUCUGCCCCGAGCGCGUCACAAAGAAAGGAAAAGAUCCAGGGCGACUAUCAGCCAUCCACGCUCCCCAGACGGAAUGCACCUGCACGUGCCCGCGAAGGAAGUCCUGAGAGCGUCAUGAUGCCUGACAUGAGCUCUCAGGUCGAAGGAGGCACACAGUCACAGGCAAAGGCUGCUUCAAGCCUGGCCGCUACGGCCGCAGCUACGGCCGCGGCUGCUGCUGCCAAUGAAGCCAGCCAGGAAAGUGAAGAAGACCAGGUUCAAGAUCUCAUCGACUUCACCAUACACGAUCUUGCUUCCCGAUCAAAUGCGCUCCACCAGUUCCUUCAAAAGGUAGAAGCUGUCUCGCCCAAUGAGAUAUCGUGGGCCCGGUUGGCAAAAAUACAGGAGUCAUUCGAUGAGCAGCGUCAGAAGAUUACUUCAUCAGAAAAGUACUUCAUCAGCCAAAAUGAGGUCCACAACUCUGUCAAAAAGCUGGCAGGGACCGAGCAUUUUGAGCGGUCAGCUGUAGCCAUGGCCUUGGCCAACACGGCCCUUCUGCGCAAACUUUCACUGGAAAUCAUCAAUGGCAAACUAGAACCCCAACUAGUGCUGGAAGAGCUGGAUGACUUUUUCCCGGGAAUCUUUAGGCGUCAGGUAACUGCGGAUGACUCCUUGUCCGACUACGACAAGGCAUUUCGCAUCAGAUGCCUCGUCCUGGCACAUGACAUCACAACCAAAACCAAGACGAGUCCGACUCUUCUUGCCGCACAACUUUUCUGCGAUCCAGACGCAGUCGAUGAGAUUAAGGACGCUCAGCGACAUGUCCAGACAGCCAGAGAACUACUGCAGAAUGGUCCAUACCAGGAGAUCGGCAGUACAUCCCCAGCGAAUAUGCACGAGCUGAAGCAGAAGCACGCCGAGAAUAUGGCAUUUCUCUGCACCAAGCUGUCGCAAAAGAGCCGCGCUGAAAAUGUGCGGGCCUUGGAGAACGCUUAUCCCCCGAUGGAUCUCUGGAAAGACCUUUCUGAGUGGGCCGGCGAGGUUUACCAGAGAAGUCGUGAAAGCCCAGAGAAGAAAAAAGGCAAAGCUCCUGUAUAUAUUGCACAAGCCUCCCAGGGGUCUCGGCCGAAACCCGCAGCAGCCUCUGCUGCAUCUUCUCAAAUACCAUUCCGGGCAUCGGCCAGGAACGAGACGCGUACCAUGGCUCCGGCAAGUCAGACGCAAUCCGGCGCAGCAAAUGGCAGUCAAGGUAACCGCCGAUCCGUUCCCGAAGACGAGUCCGAUUCAGAGGGUGAUGAACUCGAUCAGUCCAUCGUUAGAACGGGUGCACCAAGCGGCAGUUAUCUUGACGGCAGCGCGUAUUUAAAUAGGCGCGCUCGCGAGAUUAUCAGACAACAUCGAGCCACGCCCCCCUCGAACCAGAUGGGCCACAAAAAUCCGCUUGCAAAUGUAGAUGCGGACACGAUUCUUGAUCAAUUCCAAGCCUUUUUGGCUUCGCAGGGCAUGUCUGGUUCACAAACCAGCUCGCAGAAAAGACCAAGAGAGGAAGUGUCUAUUUAUGGAGAGGAAGAUGAAGGCGAGCCUUUCUUUGACCAUUCGCGACGAGACGGACAGAGUCCUCCAAAACGAUCACGCCUCUCGAACUCUCAAUACGCCCCUAGCGUCAGUGGAUAUAGGGAGGCUUCUGUCUCACAGUCCAUCAGAUAUAGAGAGCCUUCCAUGUCACAGUCAUUCAUUGCCAACGAUGAAGGAGAAAUGGAAUUUGGUCCAGAGGAUAUACCAAUCUUGACACAGAAGGCUCGAGCAGCCACCCGGAUGCAUCGCGAACGCAGACCGGCCCAGAGACGCCAGAAGUGGGACGCCGUGGACUCGGCGGCGCUCAUCAACGCCAUUCCCGAAUUUGCAUGUGGCUGGAGCGAUAUGGAGAAGCAGAAUCUCUUCUCAGUGCCUCGUUCGCAGCAGCAAAUCCGUGACAAGGCGCGCAACCUCAAGGUCGACUUCUUAAAGGCAGAUGCUCCACUGCCCCGCGGCUUCGACGGCGUUGUCCUGGGGAAGAAGGAGAUUGACGCCGUGCAAGCUCUGGGCAAGAACCCGUUUCGAUUAGAGAGCGACCUUGACGACUACUCGAGGCCGAUCAACACCAUCUGGGAUCCAGAGAUGGAUCUGGAGGAGCAUCGCAUCCGAUACCGGGCCACGGCGGAUCACAUGGCGGAUUAG